GUUUCGAACGCUACACACCCUCUCGUACACAUCCAUCGUUCGCUUCUUAGGCGUUCCGUUUCCUCAUCGACUCUCGAAUUUAUUUGGUCCGGUUGGGAAACGAAUACGGGCAACGGCUGGUGGAAUACGGGCGAUCAAAUGUUAUCGAGCGUACGCGUCCCUUUGUUGACGCAGAAAGAAGCAGCGUGACAGCGGUUCGCAACCCUCGAUCCUUCCAUAAUCGAAUCGAGGGAGGGACGCACAUAGGAAACGAGCGAGUGAAAAAGCAGCAACGAUAGGAUACGAUUCAUCGGCAGAGCAGAGGAGAUUCUCUGUUCGCGGGAGAAAGUGUAAAGCGGACAAGAAAGACGGCAAGCAAAGCGGAGAAAGAGAGCGAGCAAGCGUGACGAAGACAAAGAGAAAAGGAAGAAGAGGGAGGGCGCUGGAUAUACGCAACCACCGUCGUGUUGGAUCACGGGGGCGUAGAGAGAGGAGCGAGAGAAGGAGAUCGGCAGACGCGGGUGUACAGGGGCAGAGAUAGAAGAAGAAAGAGAGAGAGAGAGAGAGAGACAUAGACGAAGAGCGUAGCUCAACGCAUGUGCACAGGGCGCCUCGCGUCGCGGCGCUCUGGUCCCGCCGGUCGGAGGCUGCGAAACCGAACGGCCGGAAUUCGCGGACCAGAGUGGUCGCAUCUCUCGGUUCAGAUAUACACGCGCAGCGCAAGCCCCAGGUCCGCGGUUUUCCAUGAAAAUCGAGGAACGCGCGGCCCACCCGACGCUGGCCAACGCAACUGUACCAGCUGAAUCGCGUGUCGAUCGUCGACGGAAUAAUGCCGCCGCGAGUAUCGUUCCGUCAUCGGUGACGAACAACGAUCGUUUCGAACCACACGCUCCACGAUCGUAUCGCGACCACGGUGUGCACGUGCGACAUGAUCGCCCGGAGAAAAAACGUCCGCUGAAUCCAGCCUAUCGCUGGUGUGUCCGAGUCUCCACAGAGGCAAGUGCGUCCAGUUAACAGAGACGAUCCUACGACGCUCUGAGGCAGCACACGGUGAAGUCAUUGGAAGAGAGUUGACGCGGUGUGUCUACCACUUGGCGAACAGAAAAUCUUCUUUCAUCUGUCGCGUCGCCGGCGGAUGUUGUUACAUCGACAGGCUUCGCGGAUCCAACCAGCUGCAUUCGGCUCAGAAUCGAAUACGAAAUACGAUCGAAUGAACCAGUCGGGUUCAUGACAAGCUAAGGCAAUCGCUCGCUUAUUUUUUAUUGUUAUUCAUCGGCAGACGGCUUGGCUGUGGCUGGCACUCGCGAUACGUUAAACGUUCCACGACUGUUUACUCAGUGGCAUUUUAUGCGAAACGUUGACACGAGUAGGUCGAGUGGUUUUUGCUAGUGUGCGGGCGUGAAGGACGCAAAGAAAAACACUGAGAAGUGACACGCGUAUUUGAGAAUACGGUACCGAUCGCGGAUUUCUGUGAAACGGUGGUAGCGAACAACAGGCUCGUGUGAGAGAAGGGUGAUGGUGAUUGGACUCGAAUGGUCGCUUCGCGUCGUAGAGCAGAGUAAGUUUCCACGAAGGACACAUGUUUGGUGGACGGUGUCGGGUCGUUUCCACUCGAGGCCAAAUAAUUCGGUGCUGGCUGGCUCGGUGACUGUACGUGUUCACGUUCGGUCUGCCAGGACCACGACCACGAGCACGACUAGGACCACGGGGCUGCCCGAGGAGGUGCCGGUGCGUGGAGGGAAGAACCAGCCACGACGGAGCCCAGCGCCGGGGCACGGACAACAAGGCCCCCGGUGCAGGGAAGAAGCCAGGCAGAAGGGGAAACCGGGGCCAGCGUAGCAGCAACGGCCCUGAAACUACAGGGGAACCUAGCUACCCCCUUGCACAGGGGGGAAACCAGGAGGAGACCUCGCCGGCGGAGGCGACGGAAAAAGAAGCGACGGAGGUGUGGCAUAACUUCGUUAGCAGGGUGGACAGAGGAACGGAACGUGUCUGGAGCGGCUUGGCGUUUUGAACGAAGGUACCACACCGAAGAAGAACUCUGAUUACCAUCUUACCCCCCCCCCUCGUGUACAAGUUUUAAACCUGCCCCCUAAACUAUCCCCCCGCAGCUUGAUAACUCACGGUUCUGUAGUGCUCCAGUUUCUAGUUUUUCUUUCUAUAUCGAUGAGUCGAGUGUGAUAAACGGGCAAAGGAACGAGACAAGAGUAUUAAAGAGUAUACAUAAUUUGAUGAUACGCUAAGUGAUUCACGGUGAUGUUGGUGUGAUACAAAGAGUGUUGCGCGCGCGCGUGUUGUCCGACAGUGAGAGUGUGAGGAGGGAGGAAUCGCGCCGGAGGAGGUGAUACUGUAUGUAUAAAUAAUAGAAAUUUAUUCAUGUAUAUGUAAGGACGUGUGCCAGUGUGUCCGUACGCAGGUAUUCGAGUACAAAGAAAAGAAAAAAAAAAAAAGAAAAAAAAAGAAAGAAGAGAAACCCGACUAUCAAAAGUGAAGACAAAAACAAACAUAUAGUUUGCCAGUACGAAGAGGACAAAGAGGAAAAGAAAGAAAGAAGGAGAGGAGAGGAGGAGUAGAGUAGGUGGAGAAUAAAUUAAAAACCCUGCCUAACGAUCAGAGACUAAGAAACGAAGAAGUGUGAGGACACGUAAGGGAAAAAAAAAGAUCGAGGUGGCAUUAGAAGGUGGGCCAGGUGGGACAGUAGCAUGAGUUCGUACUUCGCGAAUUCGUACAUCCCGGACCUGCGUAAUGGCGGGGUGGAACACCCGCAUCAGCAUCAGCAGCACUACGGUGCCGCCGUCCAGGUGCCCCAGCAAACGCAGUCGGUACAACAGCCAUCUCAGCAAACCGGGGAUCCAUGCGAUCCCAGUCUCCUACGUCAGGGAGUGCCUGGCCAUCACUAUGGGGCCGCUGGUAGCCAGCAAGAUAUGCCUUAUCCGAGGUUUCCUCCGUACAAUCGGAUGGACAUGCGGAACGCGACCUAUUAUCAGCAUCAACAGGAGCACGGCAGCAUGGACGGGUUGGGUGGUUACAGGUCGACGUCCCCGAGCCCCGGUAUGGGCCACAUGGGACACACACCGACCCCGAACGGACAUCCGUCCACUCCUAUUGUCUAUGCGAGUUGCAAGCUUCAAGCGGCCGCGGUCGAUCAUCAGGGUAGCGUACUCGAUGGACCGGACAGCCCGCCAUUGGUCGAGUCGCAGAUGCACCACCAAAUGCAUUCGCAACAUCCUCACAUGCAGCCGCAACAGUCACAACAUCAACAGCAGCAGCAGCAGCAUCAACAUCUUCAGGCGCAGCAGCAGCACAUGAUGUACCAACAGCAGCAACAAACGCAGGCGGCGUCGCAACAAUCUCAGCCUGGCAUGCAUCCGCAACAACAACAGCAACCUCAGCAGCACCAAGGGGUGGUCACGUCGCCGCUUAGUCAGCAACAGCAGGCCGCUCCUCAAGGUGCGGCCACUGCCAACCUACCAAGUCCGCUCUACCCGUGGAUGAGAAGUCAAUUCGAGAGGAAACGAGGCCGGCAAACGUACACCCGAUACCAAACCCUCGAGCUGGAGAAGGAGUUCCACUUCAACCGAUACCUGACCAGGCGGCGGCGCAUCGAGAUCGCGCACGCACUCUGCCUGACGGAACGGCAAAUCAAAAUCUGGUUCCAAAACAGACGGAUGAAAUGGAAGAAGGAGAACAAGACGAAGGGCGAGCCAGGCUCGGGCGACGGCGACACUGAAAUCUCGCCGCAGACAUCGCCGCAGGGUUGAGAGAUCCCCGAGGAGUGGAACUUCCAAAGAGGUCUCAUCUCUCUCAGGGUCGUUAAUACCUUGUUUCCAGCACUACCUCCUCCCCCUACACAUACAUACACAUAUAAACACAUCUGCCCCUACCAGCCCCGUCAGACCCCAUGCUAGCCCCGCCGCCCCCCGCCCCCGCCCCCCCCCUAUGCAAGCCCCGAUACAUCUCCAAAUAUCAAACCCCCCAAAACACCCACACGCCCAGCCCACCCCAACCCAACCCAACCCACCAUCACCCCACUCAUACAGCAAUGACGCUUAUUUUGUCGUGUUAAUCAAGUUGCUCGUACCAAAAAAGGAGAGGACAACGUAAGAGGGAUAAACGGGAUAGAGACGAUCGUGGAAGAGAAAUGGACGUUGCCGACAGUGUGGAUAGAAGUGAAGACGUGAACGGAACGAUGACAAAGGGAUGAAAGGAUAAGGAGCGAGAUUGCGCGCGCGAGAGAGAGUUGAAAAGAGAAGGAGAGGGUAGGAGAAGAGAAAGAGGGAAGGCAGUGCGAGAUAAGACGAGGAGGUUCGAGUGGAAAAAGGAGCAGAGGGGGACAUGGAACGGAGUAAAAGGAAGGAAAAGGAAAGGAAAGGAAAGGGAACCGGACACACGAACGAGUCGGAUGAAGAUUUAUAGGGACGCGCGAUCUUCUAAUAAUCACGUAGUGGAAUGUCGAAGAAAACGGAGAAGAGGCAGAGGAAUUGGAUCGGAUCGGAGGAAAACUGGAUCACAUGCUAAUCAGAACCGCGUUAACCUCUAUUACAUUUAAUCGAAUGUAAUUGUACUAAAGCCUAUAAUGCUAGGGAUAAUUUGGCAGAGAAGGAACGACAGAGAGAGAGAGAGAGUGAGACAGAGAGAGAGAGAAUGUACGAGAGUGUGUGGAAAAAAAGAGCGAGAAUGAGCGAGAAAGAGAGGAACAAAUAUACGUACUUUAAAACGCGAGUGUCAUGAAAGUUACGCGAACUGAACGAAUCGGUCCUUGUAAUUGUAUAGUAGAGUAUGCAUGAGCGCCUGUGAAAACGUGUAAAGUGAUAUAUAUAUAUGUGUGUGUAUAUAUGUAUAUAUAUGUAUGUGUAUAUAUAUAUAUAUAUACAUAUAAAUAUAUAAAUAUAUAUAAAAGAAGUAAAGAGAGCGAAAAUGCGAGGUAUGGAAAUUUUACUGAACGAAUGAGAAUUAUGAGCGAACGAGCGAUAUGAUCGCGCGGAUCGAGCGAUGAUGAAUCUUUCAUGGAUUAAACGUUGUAUUCGCGUGGAAAAAAAAUUAUCCGUUAGGAAAACGUUUUAUUAUUUAUUCUCUUACACGUCGUACACGCGUAGUGUUCGUAGUGCGGUUAGGUCGUAAAAAGAAAGAAAACUAGCGGAAAAAGGACGGUCGUCCAGUCGUGUCUCUAUUUAGCGAGUAGAUGAACGGUUUAGUGUUCUUUAGAAGAUCGUUUAGAUAGGUUUUUCUCUAUAAUACCGCGGUGGCUCAGCGAGGGUUAUUUAGUAAUCGCGAACGUGCCAAGUGUGAUCUUCGAAUGUGUGUUUCUCCAGUGCCGGGAGGAUUCGAUACGGAUAUGCGGAGAUGAAGAGAGAACGGAAUGCAGAGGAAGUUCCGGUAGAACGGCUGCACACUUAACAUUAUCUCUGGUUAAAGAACGAGGUUGCGAAUGAAUUAAACAGAGAGGAUGGAGCGAAAGAAAAAAGUCAAUGCGAUGUUCGAUUACGUUGUCGUGAAGCCAGUGAAAUAUCAGUGUGUGCUUGUAACGCAAUCCGUUAAAUUCCAGUGAUAUUACGGUGAUCAAUCGGAUCUGUCGAUUUGCCAGUAGUCUUGGCCAAUCACGAAUACGUCGAACGAAACGGGGGAUCCUUUUCUCCGGAAAGUGUGCUGAUCGAAUGAAUGAAAACAGUGCUGUUAGGAGUGCGGAGGCCUCCGCCGGAGCAGAAUCGAAUCGACUUGACAUUUCUUCAUCAGUGUCGUCGUAAGGUCAGUUAAAAAAUUCUAUGCUUACUUGCACUUUCGUGUAUGUAUGUUUUUGUCUCGUCAUUAUUGCAAUUCUUUCCUCUUUAAGUAUUCCGUCAUUUUCUUCCGACUGGUUUUUUACAAUUAUUAUCUCGAGUUUAUUCUUUCGAUCGUAUACUGCUUGAAGAACAUGUCAAAAUGAACCAUCUUUGUUUAUUCUCGUCGGGUGCGUAGCUAAAAGAUUACGGGUAAUAUAUCGCUGUGUAUUAUAAUUAUACAUUUUUCUUUUUUGCAAGCAAAAAUACCGCGGCUACUUGAGUAAAAAGGUGUUUCCCAACAGUCCGGACCGAUUGUGUCAACAGACAAAUUAGCUUUCUUGUCAUAAAUACACUUUUUACUACUUUUCUUAUAUUCAAGAUACAAACUGCAUUUCAAUUUAAAGGACAGAUUUAUGAUGUUUACUAUUCGAAUACAUUACAAUCUACUUAAGAAAAUCGCGCAUUUUGUUGCAAACACCUUUCAUCAACGUAGAUGACGCGUCCAAGUGUUUUAAAAAAACGUUUUGCGUAUUUACGCAACAGUAUUUGCGUUCGCCUUGUAAAUAUUCGAAGCAACGGUGAAAAAAUGUAACUCUUAUCAGAUAGAUCCUUGAUAGUACCAAAAUUCGAGGGAUCUUCAGGGGCGAGUGACCAUUAAAAAUUUACUACUGCUCCGCGAGAUACGAGGCCAAGUUACCAAGUGAUGUAAUUCGUAACAUAUUUUUGGAAUAGGAUGCUUUCGGCAUGAAACAGCUUGGCACCUUAACAGCGAUUCUAGGAAUCAGAGCUGUCGAUCGAAAACGCUAUCCUGAUCUGCUCUUAUUUCAAAGCAUCCAUCUCUCUUUCAAGCAAAAAAAAAAAAAAAAAAAAUAUUCAAAAAGGGCAGAAAUGAAAAUUCAACAGCAUCUUCAUAGUUUCCUCAAAAGACUGUACUCUUCAAGUUUAUUAUAUGUUCAAUCAAAAUUUUCAUUCGUGCAUAUCUAAAGAAAUUAUUCCUCUGAAACAAAGAUACAAAAUAAAAAUAGCUUUUUCAUUUAUUUGCAAGCAAGUAAAAAGAUAUUCAAAUGAAAUUUAAUAGACUUUGUCCUUUCAGUUUUGUUAUUAAUGCACGGUCACUAGUCACAUGUUUGAACGCAUGUCCACUGUGACCCUAGUUUUCUUUCCUUGCAUGUUUGUUGAAAUGUGAAACGAGUCUAUUCGAAUCUUCGCGCCCAUAGAAACUGCGUUAAGUGUGCCAAGCAGUGGCCAAACGCACCAUCUGUCCGGGCCGGUCGAUAAAAAUGCUUGCGAUCGAUGACGGAUCGAUGACGCCGGAUCGUGACCUGGCCGAUGACAUCAUCGUGUCUAUCUAUCGGGCCGAGGACACGUCGGAGAACUCUGCCGCGGCGAAUUCUUGUGCUGUGUUGUAAAACUUAGAUCGACAUAAUUUAGUUUAUACCUUGUAUACACGCAAUUUAAUGAUAUACGUAAUAAACGAUAAUUAACGAAUACGUAAUAAUGUAUAAACGAUGACGACGAUGAAAAGGCGGUAUUUAAAUGAAAUGGACAAAAACAGAAAACGAUAAAAAAAGAGAGGGGGAAGGUAAAGAAGAAUAUAAAUGUACAUAGGAGGAAAUAAUCUGGGGAUUUCGCGAAAUCUCGUUUACAUGUAGAUCGCACGGGUUCGAAGAAUGUUCCCGUGGGACGCGAAACGAUGUCCCGCGAACUUUCUUCCGGCCCGUCCUCGCAUUAAUGGGGAAAAAUAAAAAGGAGAAACGAUCAUGAAAAAGAAAAAAAAAAUGGAAAAAAAUUGGAGAUAUAUGAAACUGAUAUACGUAAUACAUGGUCCAGCUCGCGCACGCGCAUCGAUUGGGCACCGGCCGGCCUUUCUUUCUCGAGAGAUUUAUUUAUAUAUAACUUUUUGUCCUUGAGGAGCAACGAACUGUGAAAAACGGAAGAUCGUCGACGAUCGCUCGCUGUCUUUUGCGGACAGUUAUUCUUUUUUCGGGGGGAAGCGUCGAAACCCGUAUGUUUACGGUCAGAGGUCGUGAUUCUAAAUUGCUCGGGCAAAUUGGCGUCAAUUAAGCUCGAUAGCCCGUUGAGGGCCUCCGCGUCGUUGUCGGUAUAUGGGUUUUCGUGAAACUUUUAACAAAAGAGAAACACCGGCGAUAAAUAACAAAUCUUUGAUUCUUGUUCUGAUCUACUUACCUCGAAUUAUUACAUACCCUUUUUGCCUUUAUGUCAUUUCAAUUAUGUCCAUGUCAGGCAGUCGUAUAGUUUUGCGGGUUAGGAUAAGAUUAUCUUUGCCUUGUCGUUUACAUCGAAAGUUAUUUAUAAGAAGAUACUUAUAUACACUUUUCGUAUUAUGUUUGUUAUUGAGUUUAAAGCAAACUGUCACACUUCAUUUGUUUAAUCAUUAAAUAUUUUCAAAAUAUUUAUAGCACUUGUACAUGCAACUGUCAACCAUAAAUAUUUUUGUUUCGCCGUUUUCUCACCAGUAGCUCUGUCUGUCAAUCGACAUCGAUAUCGAUUAGUUGUUCUUUGUCAUUCGAUUCAGUUUUCGACUCGCACGUCACGUUGGUUAGCAAAUUUUCUUCCUUUCUUGUCGAAAAAUAAAGUGUCUUCUUCUGUGUUGUUGAUUACAAUGUUUGCGAUAAAUCGAUUAAUCUCAUAUAAUUUGGAUAUUGUUUUUGCGCGUUUCGCGGUAGAUAAGUGAGACAUGUGUUAAUUCUGACUGCAUUAAUCAGUGAUACCAUCUAUGUAGGCCAGGUAAUGGCCGGCAUUGAAGCGUAGGGUGCGGCUUUCGAGACAAAGGAGGUAUUUAUUACUCUUGCAUCAUAGUAUCAACUGUUACGACACGGUGGUCAACAGUGCAGGCGAAAUUUCACGCAUAAAUGCCUGCUUGACAAACCGUUUUCACAGAGACUUCUCGCCGGCCACUACAUAGGUUAGUUACAUUAAUCCUCGCUGAAUGUUUAGUAGAUUGGCAAAAACACGUUCACAUUGUUGUGUCUCAAUUCAUGGUAGCAUAUGUUCAUAGCAGUAGGUCAAAUCAAUCGAUCAGAAAUAUUCUUAUUAACGUUCUUGCUUAUUCAAGGUCCUGCUGGGUGUGUAGGAACAAGAAAAAUUUGUUUGGUCUUUAUUGGUAAAUUUAUCACCGGUAUUUCUCUUGCCAACGAUCAUUCGUGACACGUGGAAAAACAGAAUUGUGCAAUAAUUACGCGUCACCGUUUAACGCACGCGUUACUCAGAGUUCUAUAUUUAUUUAAUCACCCGUCGUUUAGAUAAAAUGCAAUUUUGGACGAAAGGGACAAACACAAAGAUUUUUCUAAAAAAAAAAAAAAGAAAAUCAGUGGACGUUGUGAAGUUUGUUAGAUGCCGCGAGCGAUCGCCGUGAACGCCAGUUUAGCUUAAAGUGAAAAUUUUGUAUCCAUCGGAUAGCGAACACACAUUACUACUUAUAUAGAGUAAAUAUAUAUGUAUAAAUGCGGCAAAAAAGAGAGAUAAGGCGGAAAAGUGAAUUCCUACCGUUAACUGGAAUGUGUAAAAUGCAAAUUAUAUAUUUUAUCUUUACUCUUAUAUAGUCGCGUAAAAAUUAAACAGAUAUACGUAAUUUAAACAAGAGUGAAAAAGAAAGAAAGAGAAGAAAGAUGCGAGAGUACCGUGAUUGUGUGUAGAGGUAAAGCGAAGAGGCAAGAGGAUUAAGUGGAAGGGAGUGAAGUUAGGAGGAAGAGAAAAAUAACGAUAGCAACAUGUGCGUACGUACGAAGUGAGUCACUAAGCUAGCGCUUAAUCGAUAAGGUUAACGUCUAAAGCCUAAGUCUUAAGAUGAUAAUUAAAUAGAAUUAAGGAAACGGGCAUAUCGGUUGCAGCGGGCGGGGGCGGUGGUCAUGGAAAAAACGAAAGAAACAUCUGGUCGAAAAAGUACUUUCGGUCGCCGUUCUAUGUACCAUGGGCAAUGCGCAAUUAAGUAACUAGCGUGGGGUUUGCGAUCGUGUAUAUAGUCAAUGUCUAUUUGGGGAGCUCGCAGACACCACCUAUCGGAUAGAGGAUUUAAAACGCUUGAUAAGAAAUAAGCAGCUUUUGGUAUCCUCCAUAUUAAUGUAGUAGUACCGCGUAAUAUUUAUUGUUACCAUAUUGCGUGUAGCAAAAUGGUUUUCCUUUUGUUUCCAAUAAUCGCCCAAUAAAUAUUUUUUACUAUAUAUAUCGUGCGUGAUUCAAUAAAAAUCUAUAGGUACGCUCUAAACAUUCGUUGUUAUUGUUUUAAUAUGAUAUUAACUUGUCAAAUUCGACUUUGAAUGUAUAUACUUACGAUACUGUUGGAUAUAUUUAUUAUAUAUUUUGAAUUUCAUUUUUCCACUGGCUUACAAUGUCCUUAAGCAGUUGGGUACGGAAAAUUAUAUCAUAAUUGGCAAAUAAUUAUAAACCACGUCCUCGCACGCCCAUGCGCCGAAGAGUUCCUGACAACCUGUCAGUCUCCAGACAGGUGUCGUUAGUUUCGUAUACCUUUCUAGGUACUGUAUAUCUAUCAAAAUAUGUAAAGAGAAAAAGGAAGGGUAGUCCAUCGCCUCUCUACUUCAGUCAAAGCGAAAUCCAUUACUCCGAGUGCUGUAACUUAAGAACGUUCAUCAUGCUGUACAAUUCAAUUAACCGUCUUUUAUACGACACAAAGGAAAACAUAAAAAAAAAGGACUGACAGCCAAAAAUAAAACAGUUAAAAAUGGAUUUAUAACUUCAUAUCGGUAAAAUAGAGGAAAAUUUGCUACGCUCGAUAAGGACAUACGCGCCGUGAUAUCCCUAAACUUCUGUUCAAUUACGUCGCUUUAGUCGGUGUUUUUUCUAUUGGUUUUAUUUUUUGAAAAAGAUCGUUUUCGCAUAAAUUGAGAAACUAGUAUAGAAGUUGAGUACUUAUGCUUUCGCCCAGCGUCGUAUCGUCUGAAUAAAGAUGUCUGAAUUAGAUGUCGCGUUUAAAAAUCUGGCCCGACGACUCGCUCACUAUACAUUCAAUGCAUUUGUAAAUAUACAGGUAAUUGUAAAGUAUUGCUUUUUUUCGGCUGCAAUUUGAAAAGUCGCCGUCAUUGUUUCAGAAAAAACAUUUUCCAAUUCAACGAAAAGUUUCCUAGAACGCGCGGUCUCAUUGAUAAUAAUUCCGCUGUGUGAAGACUGAUAGACCCGGUAACACGCGACGAAAACGGUGUUUUACACGAUAACAGUUUAAAACGUAUCCGAUUAAAAUAGUAUUGCCAGGUUCGUGUGCUACGAAUAGAAUUUCGUACAUCUCGAGGUCGUCAUUUAGAGAAUUGAUUCAAGGUUUUUACUUUUAAAAAAUUCUAUCGGGGAAGAAAAAUAAGAACAAUAGUACUUAUCGAGGGUGUUCCGGUUUUUGUUGAAACGCGGCGAUGUAAGUCCUGUGUCACGGGCCACGCUGUUACAAGAGAAACACUGUAAAUAAUUCCACGCGAACGAAAUGGGCGCAUCGACGAGGUUUUUUUUAUCGGCGGGGCAAUGUGAAAGGCGACGUCUGACGUCGUGGCAUUGAAUCGCGAGCCGCGACCACUGUAUACGAUACCGUGUAGGUAAAGUAGGUACCUGUUUAAUAGACUAAAAGGAUUACAAAGUAAUGGUAGCAGAGAACUAAUUAAUUACUAUUUAUUGAUACGGUACUGUAACGAUAUACGAGCAACGCCAUGGCAUACGGACGAUUCGACCACCUCCGAUGGUCUGAUUGCCUGUAACCGUGACGAGGAAAAUAGAGUAAAAGGAUGACAAUAUUAUUAAGAGCUGCCACGUUGUCGUCCCCAGAUGUAUGUACUUGUGAUCGCUCCAGUGUGUAGAACUCUUAUGCUUUGUUUUCAAUAAAAUCUCGAAAAAAACGAUGACCAUCACAUUUUGUAGAUAUCUAUUCCACAUUUGUAGACUUCUCUGUAUCAUUAUCUGUAUUUAUAGAUAUCGAUACUUACGGACACCUAUAUUUACAGAUUCAUCCGUGCAAGUAGUUCGUACCAAUGCGAUUUUAUGAAUAGAGCUUAAGAUAUCGUAGUACUGGAAUUAUGUACGUCAUCUUCUUUUUCGCUACAUCGACUGCACACUCGAGCCAUCAGUGUUACGUGGACACAUUGCUCCGACCGAACCGGUGGAACAUUCAUGUACAUGUUAUAUUGUACAAGAACAUAUUACACACGUACACACACAACAACCGCGCACGGACGCACGUACACACAUACGCAGCAGUACACGCCCAACACACAAAAAAGACCGGGUACAACGCAUUCGUUUGAAGCGGGUACGCGCGAUGCGGAAGAAAAAAAGAGAAACACAUUUAGAUAGGGGUGUGCCUACAGGCCGAAAAAUAUGUAGGCAACGCCACUUUACCGAAGUAUAAGUGGAAAAGAUGAUAUAAAUAAAAUAAAUCUAUAUAUAUAUAUAUAUAUAAAUUAUAUAUAUUUAAAUAUAAAUAUGAAAUAUAAAUAUAAAUAUAAAUAUAAUAGUAUUACGAAUUACGAUAAACGUAUAUAAUUAUUUUGUAGUGUCCUGCAUUAUGUAAACUAAAUGUACACAUGAGAGAAAAAAAAAUGUAUGUCAGCGAACGAUGUUGAUUAUAAUGAUAAUGAUGAUGAUAACGACGAUGAUGACGAUGACGACGAUGACGGCGAUAAUGAUGGCGAUGAUGAUGACGACGAUUACAAUAAUAACGAUACGAUUGCAAUGACGAACGAUAUGCACGCGAAUGAACUAUGUAUUAUGAGUAAUGACAGCGACGAUGACGAUGGGAAACGAUAAUAGUAUUAUACGCUAUCAUGUCGACAAGUCUAAACCGUAUUGUAUUAUAUUAUAUAAGAGUCUGUCCAUAUUAAUAAUAAUUAUAUUAAUUAUAAUAGCUGUGUUUGAAAUCGAGAAAUAAAUUGUGGUUGAAUAUGAAAAUCAAA